AAGUAUCCGCGUUAUUUAUAAGCGAGGGUCAGUACAGCUAUAGCAAGUUAGCGCCACUUUAGCUAACAUGCUAAUAUUAGCUGGCUUACUUGGCUAACUAACCACGUCAGUUGUUUACUGAAUCUGUCGCGGUGAUCGUCGCUUUGUCUUUCAUUACAACAACAUCAUCUAUCAUCCUGGAAUGUAAAUGUCUGAGGACAAGGAAGCCCGGGAGGAUGAGCUGCUUGCUUUAGCAAGUAUCUAUGAUGAGGAGGAGUUCCACCGUGCAGAGUCGGCAGAUGGAGGAGAGAUCCAACUAUGUCUGGAGCUCCCUUCAGAUUUCAAAAUAGUUGUCAAAGGGGAGAAGGAGACUGAACACAGUGUCUGCUUCCUACCUCCUUUGAUGCUCAACUUUGAGCUUCCUGCAGACUACCCAUCUAAAGCCCCACCAAUCUUCACUCUCAGCUCUAAAUGGAUGAGCAGAGUGCAGAUGAGCUCUCUGUGCAGACGGUUGGAUCAGUUAUGGGAGGAAAACCAAGGUUGUGUGAUUCUUUUCACAUGGAUUCAGUUCCUUAAAGAGGAGGCUCUGGAUUAUCUGAGCAUACAGUCGCCUCUCGAAAUCAUCAGGGGAGGAAAUAAGAUGACCAGUGAGCGCAAGAAAACCGAAUUUGCAGCUACAGCUGUGAGUGGAAGUCAUUCUGAAACUGCUGAGGCAAGGAAAAGAGCAAAAUUUGAAUCACAGUCAACAACAUCUCCAAAUCUGGACCCACGAACUGUCCUGUUGAUGGACCCGCGUGCCGACCUCCUACCUCAACUCCUGGACUUUGACGAGGCCCAGCAACAGAGAGUGUUUGACAGCAAGGUUUUCUCCUGUGGGAUCUGCUUCAUAGAAAAGCUGGGCGCAAACUGUCUCUGCUUUAAGGAAUGCCAACAUGUCUUCUGCAAGGCUUGCAUGACGGAAUACUUUCAGAUCCAAAUACGCGAUGGAAACGUUCAGUGCCUUAAUUGUCCCGAGCUCAAAUGUACCUCCUUAGCUACACCGCUACAGGUGAAGCUGCUGGUGGAUGAGGAGCUGUUUGCCCGUUACGACCGUUUGCUGCUCCAGUCCAGUCUGGACCUCAUGGCUGACGUGGUUUACUGUCCACGUCAGUCCUGCGGCACUGCUGUUAUGGUGGAGCCAGAUACAACCAUGGGCAUUUGCUCAGCCUGCCAGUACGCUUUUUGCACAUUGUGCAAGCUGGGUUAUCACGGUCUCUCCCAUUGUAAAAUUACAGCAGAUGAGUUGCGUAACCUAAGAGAUGAGUACCUGUCAGCCGCACCUGAUACACAAAAAUUCAUGGAGCAACGCUUUGGGAAGAGAGUGAUCCAGAAAGCUGUGGAAGAGUCCUUUAGCAGAGACUGGCUCAAUGAGAACUGCAAAUGCUGCCCACGCUGUGGAACCAACAUUCAGAAAGUGGACGGCUGUAACAAGAUGACAUGUACCUCAUGUAGGCAAUACUUCUGUUGGUUGUGCCUGGGCCAGCUCAGCAAAGUCAAUCCAUAUAGUCACUUUAACAACCCACAUUCACCCUGUUUUAACCAACUUUUCCACGGGGUGGAUCCUGAUGAAGACGCCUUCUGGAGUGAUGAGGAGGACUGAUCCCAGUGCAGAACCUCGCUGGCCUAUGCUCUGUUUGAAUGCACUUUAGCUCAUGUAUCACCAUCAGUUCACCUGUGACUCUUUGUGCCUGCAUUUGAAACACAGUGUCACUACAGUCACUGACUAAAAUACUAUCAUUUGUGUUUUACCUCACCAUCUACUGGAUGGAUUUCUUGGGUAUAAAACUUAGUGGAAAUGUGUUUAUUAAAUUAUUUAAUUUGAUGCAUUUGGCUAGAAAUCUUAUCCCAAAGAUAAAAAAGCUAUAAUUUUAGUUCUACAGGACAAGGUUUGAAGGUAAUUUACCAGAUGUAUUCCCAUAAUGGAUAGAACUGUGUCAUGGCAGAUUGUCUCCUGUUUUGCUUCUUCCAGUUUGGUAAAGCUUUACAUCUGUAAUCAGGACUAUUUGCUCCUGUGUAUUUAAUUUUCAGGUUGAGUUUUUGUUUAGGUUUGCUUUUCAAGUUAAUAUGAGUGUUUACACAACAGGAUCAGAUUUAAGUAGGUUUGUGGCAGUGAUCACCUUUGAGAAUGUAAUUGAGGACACUGUAACUAACUAUAACAGAAGCUCCUCUGAUGGGAAUUACAUCGUAAUGCGUUAUUCAGGGAUUGUGAUAAAGUGAUAAGUUUGUGUGGAUGAUGUCACAGCUUCCUCUGUACAAAUAUUAUUUUAGCAGUUGCCAAAUAUUAGUGUCCAAUAGAGGCCAUAAAGACGUCACGUCUACACAACAAUAAUUAAAACAGGACAAAAUCCUCCUUCACAAAGAUUUGAUUUCCACCUAAAAUUACCAGUUCUUUCUCAUUUGAAUACAGGACCUGCAGAAACAAGCCUCCAGAUUCAAAUAAUGUUCUUCACAAUAAAUGUUGCCACUUAUUAUGUUUGUUUUAUUCAUUCUAUUCUUAUUCUUUAGUUUAAAUCAAUGUUCACAGAACAGCUGUAAAAAAUAAACGUUGUUCUUGUGA